UCGGCAUUUCGACAGUUGACUGGAAAAUCUCAUUUCAAUCGAUAAUGUUCGACAACGUCCGCCUAAUCCUUUGCGCAGUAAUGCUUCUGUGGUGUUCAAAGGCUCAAUCCGCCGAAGGAAACUACGACGAUGUAAUCACGAAAUUGGACAACCUCCUGUAUCGUGUUGUGAUGAGUGAGGUCAAUAUCAAGGAGCGGCUCGAGGAAACGGAAGGUCAGCUCAAGAAGACCUUGGAGCAGCUCGAUACCCUCAUGGGUCAUCAGAGCGAUCUGGUGCAAAACGACGAUCAGCUUUUAUCCAAGAUAGAAGAGCAGUAUGAGAAGCUGAAGCAGAACCAGGAAAACAUUCGCGAGGAGUUUACAACGAUGGUAGUCCUUGUGGGUGAAGAAGUGAGUGAUGAAUUCAAUGUGCUGAGGAGUAACAUGGACCAGCGCUUUGGUUCAACUGAGGAGGGAUUAGAACGUUUGAUCAAAAAACAAGAUGACUUUGCCGCAAAUCAUGAAACAUUGGCUAAUGAAUUGGUUGAAAUGGAGAAGUACAUUGGUGAAAAAAUCAUGUUGGGAAUGACAAACUUAGGCCAACGUUUCGAUGAGACGGGAGAAAAGUUUGAAGAGAUUAGGCAGAACCAGGAAAAUGGUCACGCGGAGUUAUCUUUGAAACUGAUGAAUAUGAAGAACGAUAUCGAUCACAACUUCAACAUGAUGGUUUCAAACGUGAUCGAAGGCUUCGAAAAUGCAGAUAUUCAAUUCGAUCGUCUCAUGCAAAACCGCGAUGACGUUGGUGCAAGUCAUGAUGAACUAACAUCCAUUUUGACAAAACUAGAGCAAUUUGUUGGUGAACAGUACAUCACGACGCUGACGAACAUAACUAGUCAGUUUGAUAGAACUAACAAUCAAAUCGACGAUCUCGCGAGGAAUCAGGACAACAGUCGCAGUGAGCUGUCAUCGAAGUUGACCAGUAUGAAACAAGAUAUGACCAACCAAUUCAACGUGAUCGCGUCCAGCGUAACCGAAGGCUUCUCGAAAACGGAUGUGGGCUUUGAUCGCCUCACUCAGACUCAAAGUGGCUUAGCAGCAAACCAACAAACCUUUUCUUCCGCGUUGACCAAAAUGAAUAACGACGUGAACGAUCAGCUUGGCAAAAUAUCGUCGAACAUCAAUGAUCGAUCCGAUAAGCUCGAAAAUCAGCACAAAACGACAAAAGAUCAGCUGGAUCGCCUCCUGCAGAAUCUGGAAAACCAUCGCGUAGAAUUAACAAUGGCGAUGAUCGAAAUUGAACACAGCACAAAUCAAAACUUCGAUACGCUCACAAACUACGCAGAGCAAAUUUUGCAGCAACAAGGAAAUUGUUCUACGCCGGUAGGACCCGAGGAACAACCCGAAGAGCAGCCCGAGAAACAACCCGAGGAACAACCGGAGAAACAACCCGAGCCACAACCCGAGGAUGUUGAAGUUAUUACAUGCAAGACCAUUGGGUCCAGCACUUCUGGUCUGUACCAGUUGAAACCCUUCGGCACUAACGAAACCUUGAUAGAAUAUUGUGAGCAGGAAAAGUUCGGUGGUGGCUGGUUGGUAAUGCAGUAUCGGUUCGAUGGCUCGGAGGACUUCUACCGCAACUGGAACGAGUACAAAAAUGGAUUUGGAACUUACGCAGGAGAGUUCUGGAUUGGUUUGGAGAAAAUACAUCGUCUGACCAACAAUAAAAACGUUGAACUGAUUGUCGAACUAAAGGACUACCACAACAAUUAUAUCUAUGCGCGAUACGAUGCUUUUGAAAUUGGUAGUGAGGCGCAGAAGUACUCACUGGAGAAGCUGGGAACGUACAGCGGAACCGCUGGCAACUCCAUGAAAUCCAACGCAGGUAAAAAAUUCACGACCAAGGAUAACGACAACGAUGGAGCCGCGAGUUUGAACUGUGCUGUUAGUAGAAUGGGCGCAUGGUGGUUCGAUUGGGGUUACAGUGGAGAUUUCAAUGGAAUGUGUGGAGCUGCAGAUCUUAAUGGAAUGUACGGCGUUAGAGGCGAUUGGCAGUCCAUCUUCUGGUACGGCUACAAUCAAUACGAUGGAAUGAAGUACACCAGAAUGAUGAUCCGAGAAGUAUAAAAUGACAAGAGAAAACAGUAGAUUGCCGUUUUGGAGAUAUGCCAUCAUCAGUUGUACCGUGAAGGCAACACAUUUGAUGCGGUUAAGGAAAUUUGGAAUUCGAACACCUGUUGAAAAUAUAAAUCAACUGAUUAUAACAACAUUUUGUACCGUGUUAGUCAAGCCAUUAGAGAAUAUGAGUAAAAUAAGUUCAAAGUUUUUUAACAUA